CCUGGGACCCGCCCACUCACUUGCAGGAAGUAGUCAUGCCGAAGUUCACGUCAAACUCUGGCGCAGGCAAGCUAUUAACUUAAAUACUCGACUGAAUAAAGUGUCUAAAGGUUGAGGUAAACAUAAUAAAACCACAAAAAUGUCCAAAUUUCUUCGAGCAAUCAAAAGCAACAUACCAGAAAAGGACAAAUCGGAAUUAACGGAGAGCGACCUGAAAAAAUGGGGAUUAGAAGCAAUUCAUCUGAGGUCUUAUCAGGUGGAUGGAGUGAGGUGGCUGUCACAGUGUAUGAAGAACCAGCAGGGCUGCAUCCUUGGUGAUGAGAUGGGUCUGGGCAAGACCUGCCAGACCAUUUCUUUGCUGGCAUAUGCUCGGGGAUGCCUUAAGAUGAACGGACCGUUCCUUGUGCUUUGUCCCUUAUCUGUUUUGGAGAACUGGAGACAGGAGUUAGAGCGCUUCUGUCCCAUUCUGUCUGUGAUCUAUUACACUGGGGAUAAAGAAAAAAGGGCAGAGCUCCAGAAAGAGCUCAGGAAUAACCAACACUUCCAUGUCCUUCUCACCACUUAUGAGAUGUGCCUCAAGGAUGCCAGAUACCUGAAAAGUUGGAAAUGGAAGAUUUUAGUUGUCGAUGAGGCUCACCGGCUGAAGAACCAGGAAUCAUUGCUGCACCAAACCCUCAAAGAGUUUACAGUAGGUUUCCGAGUGCUGUUGACUGGCACCCCCAUUCAGAAUAACUUGCAAGAAGUCUAUUCCCUCCUCACCUUCAUCCAGCCCAGUCUUUUUCUGCCUGAUGCUGUUGAGGACUUUGUUAGUGCCUACUCAGACGUACAGACUGAACCUGCUCUUGAUGUUUUUGUCUCUGUUUGCAGAGGCCAUCGUGUUCUUCUGUUUUCUCAAAUGACCAGGAUGCUGGAUAUUCUGCAAGAUUACUUGGAGUACAGAGGUUACAGUUAUGAGCGUCUGGAUGGUUCAGUCCGGGGAGAGGAACGUAACCUAGCUAUCAAAAACUUCAGCUCCAAAGAUGUUUUUAUAUUCCUCCUCAGCACCAAAGCUGGAGGGGUUGGCAUGAACCUAACAGCAGCAGAUACGGUGAUAUUUGUGGACAGUGAUUUCAACCCACAGAAUGACCUACAAGCAGCAGCCAGAGCCCACAGGAUUGGCCAAACAAGGCCUGUUAAAGUGAUCCGGCUUCUCGGUAGAGAUACUGUAGAAGAGAUCAUCUAUUCCCGUGCUGUGUCUAAACUACGUCUCACAGACACAGUGAUUGAGGAGGGACGUUUUUCUCUGCUGGACCAGGCUCAAUCUGCAGCUUCUGGCCUUCAGUUGAGUGAGAUCCUGAAGUUCGGUGUGGAUAAGCUGCUGUCAUCAGAGGAGAGCUCCAUUCAAGACGUAGACCUCAGGCUGAUCCUGGGGCAGUCUCGAGACGGCCGAUGGCUAUUGGAUGAAGAGCAUGUCAAGCUUAAUGAGAGCGAUGAAGAGGAAGAUGAGGACAUGGAGGGUCAAAACCACAUGUACUACUUCGAGGGUAAGGACUACUCUAAAGAUCCCAGUGCCGAGGAUGAGAAGACCUUUGAACUGUUACUUGAGAAGCAGUUAGCUGAUCUAGAGGAUGCUGGGAAGGAGGGCCGUGCACUUCGUAAUAAAGCCGGGAUGUCCCUGUCUGGGCCCUUGAUCGACCCAGGGAGGAAGAAGAGACCUCUUACAGUAUCAGAGUUAGAACAGAGACGUCAGAAGAGACAAGAAGCUGCUGCAAAGAGGGCGAAGCUACAGGAGGAAAGGAAAAAGCAACAGGAAGAACUAAAUUACAAGAAGAAGAUGGCAUGGUGGGAAUCAUGUGGCUACAAAUCGCUGUGCUUGCCGCGAGUCGACAGUGAGGGUGAGGAUAUAGAGCCUGAUGAAGAUGAUGAUGAUGUCAGCUGGAGCUCCACUGAUUCGGAUCACACAGCCAUUCGCUAUGUGCUGGGUGAUGUAACUCACCCUCAGGCUGAUCGAGAGGAUGCCAUUAUUGUGCACUGUGUUGAUGACUCUGGACACUGGGGCCGAGGAGGAUUGUUUACCACACUGGAGCUCAGAUCAGAUGAGCCGAAGAAGCAGUACGAGUUGGCUGGAGACAUGGAAGACUUGGAACUGGGGAAUGUUCUGCUUUUUCCUAUUGAUGACAAACAGUCGAGGCUCAGUGGAAGAGACUAUCUGACACUUAUAGUUGCUCAGCAGAGGGAUACAGCCAACAAUUUGUCAGGCAUUCGGCUCACUGCCUUGGAUGAGGGCCUCAAGAAGAUCUACAGAGAUGCCAAACAAAAGAAGGCAAGUGUCCAUCUGCCUCGGAUUGGUCACUCCACUAAAGGCUUCAACUGGUAUGGAACAGAGCGACUCAUUCGCAAGCACCUGGCCACCAAAGGCAUCUCCACAUUUAUCUACUAUUAUAAACGAGCCACUUCACACUCUUCUACAGUUUCUUCUACCACAUGCACAUCUACUCCAUCAACCUCACACUCGGCCUCAGACCCAGCAGCAUCCUUGCCAUCUGGGUCCCCACACUCCUCCAGUGCCCUUGGUCACAGUGAAGACCUUACAAAGUCACCAAAACCCUCCACUAUAUCACAUGAAGGUCAGGACGCACCAGGGUUGGCUGACUUUAUGAGAGGUGUUCAUGUCUACUUCUACAACAUGGCUGCUACAGAGAAGAAGAAGCUCGCCCGAUACCUUAUCACAUAUGACGGCGAUGAAGAGGAUCUCAUGAGCUCACACGUCACUCAUAUUGUCGGAGAGGUUCAAAGUCCUGUCCAUGCACAGGAACUACGAGAUCUAUUGCAUCAGUACCCUCAGACCCUGCUUGUAAAGAAAAAGUGGUUGGAGUCUUGCUUUGCUAAUCAAAGGAAAGUCAGUGUGUCUAAAUAUGUAAUUAGGUUAACUUGACAAAGCUCCUCCUACUUUCCUUUCAAGUCAGUUUGCCUUCGGUUUAUUCACAAUCACAUUUAGUAUCCAUUUAGAGUUUGAAAUGAACUGGUCUCUCCCUGUAUAUCCAGUUACGGCUAACUGACGGUAAGAGGUUUUUGUCUUACUAUGGAUUAAAUAAUGAAGCAUUGGUUUCUAUUUCAAAAGAAACAACAACAGCUGUGGUUUCACACUCUGGAAAGAUUUUACAGUAAACACAGAUUUACUUUCUUUAUGCACUUAUCUGCAUGGUUAGAAUGAGUUCAUGAAACUUUUACAUUAUUUGGCAUUUUUCUACACGAUUUUACAUGUGCUGUGGUUUAAAAACAGCAGAAAAAUAUGUAACUGAGCAAAUAAAAUAAAUAUUAAAAAAAACAACUUAAUUUUUUUAUUUUUUUUUUAUUUUUUUUUUUACAAAAUCCCAGAUAAAGAUGUAAAAGCUGUUCAUUGUCAGAUCUCGGAUGUCAGUUUUACUGAGAAAUGCAAUGCACUAAAAACCAAACCACUGAUGGCUAAGAUAAUAUGACAGUUAUCAGAUGCUUAUGAUAUAACUUAUGUUUCUGGAAAGUCUCGUUGACCACUUUUUAAUUAUAAUAAUAAAAAAGUAACCUCCAGCGAA